AUGGGUGGUCUAUACGGAGGCUACGGAAUGGGAGGUCUGUACGGAGGCUACGGAAUGAGUGGUCUAUACGGAGGCUACGGAAUGGGUGGUCUAUACGGAGGCUACGGAAUGGGUGGUAUGUGCGGAGGCUACGGAAUGGGUGGUCUAUACGGAGGCUGCGGUAUGGGAGGUCUUUACGGAGGCUACGGAAUGGGAGGACUGUACGGAGGCUACGGAAUGGGUGGUCUAUACGGAGGCUACGGAAUGGGAGGUCUGUACGGAGGCUACGGAAUGAGUGGUUUAUACGGAGGCUACGGAAUGGGUGGUCUAUACGGAGGCUACGGAAUCUGUGGUCUGUGCGGGGGCUACGGAAUGGGAGGUCUUUUCGGAUGGGGGGCCUGUGGAGAGAAGGUGCGACAUCAACAAACUACAAAAGACAAAAUUAUCACAAGGAAAGAACAGAAUAUAAUCCGAUUGGAUGUUGAAGCGGUUCAUGAAAAUGGGGAGUAUGUUACGAAUGAGUUCAGAGAACCAGAAAACCGUGUGGAGGACUUAAAAAAGACAGAGCAGGAGAACCCACAUCAUCUAUGGAGGCGUCCUCCACAAAUCCGUCAACAGCUGGACACCGCUCAGAACGGAUUCCCAAUGACAUCAUCUGUCGGCUGA